CCAGCCUUCACUACCUGUUUGUCCUACUCUCUGCCACCAUGCUGGCCUCAGGGCUGCUGCUGGUGGCUUUGCUGGCCUGCCUGAGUGUAAUGGUGUUGAUGUCUGUCUGGAGACAGAGGAAGCUCGGGGGGAAGCUGCCUCCCGGGCCCACUCCACUGCCCUUCAUCGGGAACUACCUGCAGCUGGACACGGAGCAGAUGUACAACUGCCUCAUGAAGCUGAGCAAGCGCUAUGGCCCUGUGUUCACGGUCCACCUGGGGACUCGCCGGGUUGUGGUGCUGUGUGGCUACGAUGCAGUGAAGGAGGCCCUGGUGGAUCAGGCUGAGGAGUUCAGCGGGCGAGGGGAGAACGCCACCUUUGACUGGCUCUUCAAAGGCUACGGCGUAGUGUUCAGCAACGGGGAGCGCGCCAAGCAGCUGAGGCGCUUCUCCAUCACCACCCUGCGGGACUUCGGAGUGGGCAAGCGCGGGAUAGAGGAGCGCAUCCAGGAGGAGGCAGGCUUCCUCAUCCAGGCAUUCCGGGACACUUGUGGCGCCUUCAUAGAUCCUACUUUCUACCUGAGCCGAACAGUCUCCAAUGUCAUUAGCUCCAUUGUCUUUGGUGACCGCUUUGACUAUGAGGACAAAGAGUUCUUGUCACUGUUGCGCAUGAUGCUGGGAAGCUUCCAGUUCACAGCUACCUCCACCGGGCAGCUCUAUGAGAUGUUCUACUCGGUGAUGAAGCACCUGCCAGGACCUCAGCAACAGGCCUUUAAGGAGCUGCAGGGCCUUGAGGACUUCGUGGCCAGGAAGGUGGAGCAGAACCAACGCACUCUGGACCCCAACUCCCCGCGGCACUUCAUCGACUCCUUUCUUAUCCGCAUGAAGGAGGAGAAAAAUAACCCCAACACAGAGUUCUUCAUGAAUAACCUGGUGAUGACCACAGUGAACCUCUUCUUUGCUGGCACCGAGACCAUCAGCACGACCAUGCGCUAUGGCUUCCUGAUGCUCAUGAAGCACCCAGAGGUGGAGGCCAAACUCCAUGAGGAGAUUGACCGGGUGAUUGGCAGGAACCGGCAGCCCAAGUUUGAGGACCGCGCCCAGAUGCCCUACACAGAGGCCGUGAUCCACGAGAUCCAAAGAUUUGGAGACAUGAUUCCCAUGGGCGUGUCUCGCAGGGUCAUCAAGGACACCAAAUUUCGGGACUUUUUCCUCCCCAAGGGCACAGAAGUAUUCCCUAUGCUGGGCUCUGUGCUGAGAGACACCAAGUUCUUCUCCAACCCUGAAGAUUUCAACCCCCAGCACUUCCUGGACGACAAGGGGCAGUUUAAGAAGAGUGAUGCAUUUGUGCCUUUUUCCAUUGGUAAGCGACCACAGCCUGCUGCCAGGCCACAGCUCACACCACCAGCUUCCCUCUCUAAGUGUAGCCUAGCAUCUUUCUCCAGCUCUAAAGUCCCUCUUGAAAUCUACCCUGGAGCCUACCAGCUGCAACUCCCGUAA